UACUGUUCCAGCCUGACUAGUUUGUAUCACUACAUUUUAAAGUUAGUUCCAACGUAUUAGUGUUACACAAGCUUCCUCAGUGUUACCAAAUUGGCGCAAUAUGCUACAGCUGGUUCGAAUACAAUUCUGGUACAUUGGCAAUUGCGUUAAAUAAGUGAUCUCAUCAACAGCAACCGAGUCUUAAUUUAAUUUCAGUUGUCGUAAAUGUAAACUCAAGGUCCUCAACCUUGAUAAGUUCAAUGUACUCUGCUUAUGCAGCGAUAAAAGCGUCAAAAUUUCUGCACCAUGGUUUUCAACAGUACGCCGUUGGUUUGUUUUUAUUGUAACAUUGUUUUCAGCUGAGAUCGAGCCAUAAAUGUUGCGCUUGUCAAAAUGAGAAGCCUAGUAAUAUCAGCUCUGAACAAACUGGGAUCCGAUUUAUAGGAGUAUUGCUCCAGCUGCAGUUUAUGAGGAAGAACAUACUCUUUUUAACGUGUACACUGUGAAAAACGCUCGUAUGUAACACUUGAGUGCUGCCAAACUACCCCCUUCAUCCAGCUGCAUUGGACAGCCCACCAGCAAAUCGUGACCACGAACCUUAACUUUCCGCCAAUCAGGGCAAAUUAUUCGUCCUCCCCAACAGAACUUCGCCAGCAGCAGAUGGAAGAAGAUGUACGCCAUCAGCAGCUGUAGUCAGUUAAGAAACUGACGUCUAGUUAUUUAGUUAAUAUGGGGAGUUGUCUUUGAGUGUUGUUUGUGCAUUCAUCUACCAAACCACACACCCACAAUCACUCAAUAAAGAACGCUUGAGAGAAGAUCACGUUGUGGUGUUUGGCAGCCCCUCAUAAGGAAACGGACAUCACGUUCUAACCGGACACCCUACAGCGAUUCACACGAUCCGAACCCAGCAAGUCUACAUCCAUGAACUGACCAUUAGCUCCCUCCAAACUCCACAUAAUUUACAUACACAAUGUGGGACUUUUUAAGUUCAAUUGCUUAUUUUCUCUUUGUGUCCUCAGUGGGAAAAUGCAUAUGACCUGGUUGAUAGUUUUGUUUUUUUAGUGUGCCCCAAUUUGGUUUUAUACAGUGUGUCGCUGUUGCCUAACAUAUGUGGGAGAUAUACAAUUAAAGGGAGGCCAUGACAGUUCGGCUAAGAGACGGGCGCUGCGGUUUCCUCUGGGCAUAUCUAUCUCUAUGAACCUGCUGACUGGAAUUAUAAUAUAACACUCAGAUUUUUUGCCCAUUAUUCACUCAUAACCAACUUUUUGCUCCUUCUGCUUUGAGAGAUUCAUUCCGUCAGUUGCUCUUGCUCCUUGUGAUAUAUUGUUUUUCACUACAAUGGCGUUCACGGUCCUUGUGAAGCUCUGGACACGGUACGUCUGGAUUGCCUUUGUGUUUUGUGAGCUGUGCAACAUUGCUUUAUGUGUGACUCGCUACUCUAUCCCCGAGGAAAUGAAGGAAGGAUCCGUUGUAACAAAUUUAGCUACGGAUUUAGGACUCGAUGUUCGCAGCCUGGCGGAACGAGAGGUAAAACUUGAUAUUAUUCACAGCAUAAAAUACCUGGAGGUGAAUAAAAACACGGGAGAAUUGUACAUCGUCGAGACAAUAGAUAGGGAGCUACUGUGUCCUACCAAGACACCUAUGCCUUGUUUCCUAAAAAUGGACUUAAUAAUUGAAAGCCCCAUACAAAUAUUUUAUAUUGAAUUAGAAAUCGUGGACAUUAAUGAUAAUGCGCCUCGUUUUAGAAGGGAGACAAUAUAUUUAGAUAUUUCCGAAUCUGCUUCUGUGGGUGAAAGAUUCUCUUUGACUAAUGCCGUGGACCCUGAUGUUGGUAAGAACUCGAUCAAAAUGUAUCAUUUGAGUGAAAGUGAACACUUUCUAAUUGAGAUUCAGACCGGAAGGGACGGGUCAAAGUUUGCUGAUUUGAUUUUGAAAAAGGCUUUGGACCGAGAGGAGCAGGCUGUGCAUAAUCUAAUACUCACCGCUGUAGAUGGCGGAGUCCCCGCGCGAUCCGGCACCGCCAGCAUCAUUGUGCGCGUGCUGGAUACCAAUGACAACGCCCCUCAGUUUAACCGCCAGGUUUACACUGUUAAUAUAACAGAAAACUCCCCGAUAGGAACAGUUGUGCUGAAGCUGAACGCUACAGAUUUAGACGAGGGUUCAAACAGAGAGAUUGAAUAUUCGUUUACUCUGUACAAAUCCGAGAAGACACAGGACAUGUUUUCUCUGAAUUCUAAUACAGGAGAAAUAAGAGUGAAAGAUGUCAUUGAUUUUGAAGAAACAAAAAUGUUUGAAAUGCACAUUCAGGCAAAAGACAAAGGAUCUGUCCCUCUGUCGGGAGAGUGUAAAGUAAUAGUCUAUGUUAGUGAUGUGAAUGACAACUAUCCUGAAAUCACCAUGAAAUUUUUGAUGGCUAUGAUUACUGAGGCGGUUUCUGUGGGGACUGUAAUAGCCUUGAUCAGCAUUAGCGACAGAGACUCUGGAGAUAAUGGUAAGGCGGACCUUUCAAUAAGCGAAUUGUUACCUUUCGUUCUUACCAAGUCUUCAGAGAACUAUUUCGAACUUCUGGUUUCAGAACCUUUAGACCGUGAAAAGGUUUCGGAGUAUGACAUCACUUUCAUAGUUACAGACAGGGGCACGCCCCCUUUGUCUGAUAAUGAAACGGUCUCCUUGCAUGUAUUGGACGUCAACGACAACGCGCCACUUUUCCCCAAGUCCUUCUACACCAUCCCGGUGAUGGAGAACAAUGCGCCAGGAUCCCUGCUGAGUUCCAUCACAGCCUUUGAUCCAGAUUUACAUGAAAACCAGUAUCUGGUUUAUUUUAUUCUCGAAAAAGACAUAGUCAACACGUCGAUGUCAAUGUUAUUUUCCAUAAACCCUGAAAACGGUGAUCUUUACGCACUAAGGACAUUUGAUUACGAGAGAGAGAAGGAGUUCCUGUUCCAUAUUGAAGCUCGAGACUCUGGUGUCCCUCCUCUCAGCAGUAAUGUCACUGUCCACAUCAUUAUUCUGGAUCAGAACGACAACACUCCUGUCAUAGUGUCUCCAUGGCGCGCGCACGGCUCUGUAGUUGAGGAAGUGAUCCCGAGAUCCACUGAGAAAGGAUAUUUGGUCGCCAAGGUGAUCGCCAUUGACUCGGACUCUGUGCAGAACUCUCGGAUCACGUACCAGUUUCUCCAGAUCACUGACGCUACUUUAUUCAGUCUGGACCAAUAUAACGGGGAAAUCCGGACGACGAGAAUGUUCAGUUACAGAGAUCCACGCCAUCAGCGGCUGGUCGUUGUUGCCAAAGACAACGGCGACCCAGCUCUUUCUGCUACAGUUACCAUCAAGAUAUCAACGGUGGAGCACGUCAUUAAAGCGUUUUCCGAAACAACGGAAAUUCCUUUGGAAUAUGACACAUCUUCAGAUUUAAACUUGUAUUUGGUCAUUGGUUUGGGAUCGGUUUCGUUUCUGUUACUGAUGACGAUAUUGGUGAUCAUCGUGCUGAAGUGUCAGAAACCGAAACCCACCAAAGCGGCCUCUCCCUGUAGGAACAGCGUGAUUAGCCAGAGGAACGCUACCAUAGCGGAUUCCACGCUGGUGUCCAGCGAUGCUUGCUGGUACAGCUUGUUCUUGGUGGAGACGCAGAAGGGAAAGCUAGUGAUCAGACAACCAGUACCGAAGGGUGCCGGUUACAUCGUUUCUAAUACACCCAGGAGCACGGGCCUGACAGAGACAAGCAAAGCUAGAGCAUCAACUCUGUAGUACUCAAAGUGAAAGGACCCCCAUCCCUGCUGGAGGAAUCCAGCAGUGAUGUACCAUGAGGUCACCAGUCUCUCUCUGGAAGUGUGAUCAGGAAGACGUCAUCGAACACAGAGACCUUCACCGCCACACCCCCCGCUUCCACCCUUGCCAGCCACAUCCCCUCAGAUCCCGCAUCCCCAAAAGACACCUCUAAUAUGGACUGCUCCUGCUGUGCCGUGGCCCUGGAAUCACCCACCCCGCAACACCUGCAUUCAGCCCUGCUGAACACUUCAGCAUUCAGCUCAUCUACAUCUUCUAUUUUUCAAGCAUGAAUCUGCAUGUCUACAGCAACUAAAUGGAUUUUAUAUUAGAGAUACUUUUAAAAAAAGGACUUUUGGAACUUUUGGAGGAGAGAAAAUGCCUUUCUGCGUGACCAGAAAGGACCUUCUGUAUCUCUCCUAAAAAGCCUGGAUGUUUUAAACUAAAACUACAAUGGAUAGAAGAAAAGAGGAAAUGCCUUUGUAGUCUUGAUUAGUAGGUCGUCCAUCAUUGUCAGUGAAAGCAGGAAUGAGUGUUGUUCAGUCAAAAGAAAAGUAAUUUCAGAUGCGUCCUCAAAUGAAAAUCAGACACACAAACACUCCCUCUAAAAAUAAUGUGACAACAGUCUAAUCGAAGUGUGAUGUGAUUGGAAACUGGCUCUGUUAAAGGCCGAUGCCUGUGAGAUUCAUUGUGCUUGAGCAGCAGCAGGCCAGCCAGGAAAGCAGCAGAGAACGAGGGGUGAACAUCUCACUGUUAAAAUAUUAAUGAACUCGGCACACAUUUAAUAUGGAUUAUUGGACAUCUGGAGUUAUAUUUAGCAAUGUGAGUGCUUUCAUCCUUUGCUUUUUAAUUUUAAAGCCAGAAAGCCAUUUUAAUGUGAAAAUGCCUCUUAGGAGUAUUCAGGUUUAUAUGAAUUAGAGGCCGAGGCAGGUUCGUGCCUGACAAGUCAAGACUCUAUUACUAAAUACGAUACCUCAUGUUGAUGAUUUUCCAAUUUCAGACCCAACAAGGCUUUUAAUGUUUGCACUGUGAGAACAAACAAGCAAGCAAAAAAUGCUUUAUAAUGUAAUUAUAUGAAAAAACAUAAUUGAUCAAGAGAAAUGUAUGGAAUCAAAAUCAAAAUGUCCACCAGCUACGUAGUCUCACAAUCACAUUGUAAUCUUUUAAAAUAUUAAGACUGUUUUAAAAUGUUAUAUAAAAAUGACUGGUAUUUGAUGUGUUUUCAUUUGGCGUGUGGUUAUGUAAUGACUGCCAUUGUGCAAUGAAAUAGGCACUGGCCAAGUUUUAAUGUUUACCUGGUUUAUUUUUUAAGAUGUAUAAUUGAAAAAAGCUUUUAACUAUAUCAUUCUUAAUGCUGCUUUGUGUGUAACUUAUCAAGUGCUUUGUGUAUAAUAUUAGUAACAUGUUAGUGGUACAGUAUGUGAUCAUGCAUUUUUAUAAACUGUAAAGUAUUCUGUAUUACUGCAUAACAUUUAUGGUCAGGUGUCCUACAACUGUGUGUAACCAAAUGAUAGGUCUUUCAGUGUUUGUAGAGUUGGGGGAUGUUAGGGAGUCACUGUUCCAAAGCAAGUGGUCCCUGAAUAAAAUUGUGCACCCUGAGGAAAAGAAAAAUGCAGUGAACGACAAAGGAGCAUUUAGAAAUAAAGAUAACGGAUUGAAAGUGGAUUUUAGAGAGAGAAACUGACAGAGAGAGAGAGAGAGAUUGAAAGAGAGAGGUGCAGCUGAUCCCCAGGUCCUCUUCCUCAGAGAAAGCUAUGCAGUUACAGGGGAUGUAGUAAUUGCACUACCAUGGCUCUGUGUCCCUUUCCAAUUAGAAAAUCUGAAACUUCUGCAACAUACUUGCAAUGCUCAGAAACACUCUGCAGGCUACUGUACGUUCACUGUAAUCCGGAGGGAAGGGCUAUAGCAUUAUCUGAGAUAACAUUGGAGGGGCUAUAGUGUGAGCUGAGGUAAGGGGGGGAGGUGUUAGUGGUAUCUAAGAGGCCUUAAAACUCUUUAUUUUCCAUGAACCUGACUCCACCAACAGUCUGCUCACCCAGGAUUAUAAUAGGAACCUCUUAGUGUGACACCUUAUGCUGUGAGAUUUUGAUCUCUUCGAUAUCUUCCCGCUGUGGGUCUGAGGUUCUCUGAGGAAGGUUGUGACCUUUGACCCCUGGGUGUUGUAAACUGUUGGGUCUGGCCCUAAUGGUAUGGCAUUCUUGCCCUAAUGGGGGCCUUAAUGGGGCUGAAUCAGGCUGCAAAGAAACAGCUCAUGCUGGGUUCCACUGGAAGAUUCUGUUCUCUGUGCCAGGCAUGGAUAGUCUACCCUUUCAUUAGAAUAUUUUUAACUUGUUUUCAAGCAGAUAUUAUAAGGGAGCACAAGUAUACAUGAUUCAGAUGUUUUACAAACUCUGCAUUAAAAAAAUGUAUUAUUAAAAAAUGUAUGUAUUAACUCUAUGUUAUAUAGUCGCUGAGCAAAAUGUAUAUUCCAACACAGAAUUGAAUAGCAUUCACCAGGUAAAUUGGCUUUAUUUUGUGAUGAUUGAAAUGAUCUGGUCUGAAUCCGGGAAUAGGUUAAAUCGCAGUCAUUGAAACAGCCAGAGCUCAUCUCACAGCUGUCUUCUGAAAUUCGUAAGUGGGGCAACUUUUCAGCUGUCCUGCCGUAGGCGUUAAACAGCAAAGCAGUGGUCAUGCACAGCGAAGCAGCAAUCUCUCACUGCCUCUCUCUGCAUUCCUCUCCAUCUCUGCAUCUCUUUGUCUCUUUUUCUCCCUACAU